AUGCAACUUCAACAUGCAAUUGAUCAUGACAAAGCUAGAAAAAAUGAUAUAUAUAAAUUUUACACCAAAAUUGUAUCUUUCUGUAAUGAAGAUGGAAUACUGGUUGUUUCAUUUCCUCUUGUUGAAGAUGUUGAAGAAAGCUUACUUGUUGAUCCAGAUAAUGAAUUGGCUGCUGAUGAGCUUUAA